GCUUCGCGGCCUGGGCUAACCUUUUUGCGGGCUGUAUCGCGGCAAACCAGGUCGCGUUUCACUGUCAGCGCUGCUUCGACACUCCUACGGUGCCACCUGAACGCGCCGGACGAGCGCUGUACGCCACAGGAGAGCUCGCAGCCCCAAUUCACCUCUCAGCCAAAACCAGUCCAUUGCAAGGCGGGGAUACGCUCACAAACUAAAAAAGGAAAAAAUGCCCCGCGUCGCGAGAAUACGAGUCCCAAUCUACCAGGAGACGGGCAAGCACACCCUGUACCGAAUAGAAGUGACGACGGACGACGGCCGAACUAGAAAGGUAGAGCGCCGCUACAGAGACGUACUAAGGUUCCACGGCACGCUCUGUAGGGCCGCCCCGCACCCGAAACUGGAACAAUUCGACUUCCCGCACAAGAGCAUAUUAAACACGAACGCGGAGUUCACGAAGGAACGAAGGAGAUCAGGCUUCGAAGCGUACUUCGCCCUGCUGUUGUCGCUGGGCCCGAACUACGCGCCCUUCGUCGAGACCUUCCUCAAGGCCGACGAGCGGGCUUUAGAUGAUUCGGGCCACUCGCGGCCGGCGACACCAACACCUGUUGCAGCACAACCGGCGGUCGUCUUCGACGACGACGAGGACGACGACGACAGUACCAUCGCCAUCCAGCAACCACCACUAGUUCUAGAAAAGCCGCGGUCGCUGACGCACUGGGCGCUGUGCUUCUACCUACCGGUGGCCUUAGUGACCUACGCGCACUGCUGCGUCCUCACGUUGUUAGGAGCUCUCCACACAGAGGACUGGUCGAAGGGCCAGGCCUGGCUCGCCGUCCUAUCGGCGCCGCUCGUGCUCUGUGUGGCUUUGGCAUUACUGGCGCCGGCCGUCGACGACUCCGAGGAGUACUAAUGUAG